CACAGAAAAGAGGAGAAAGAGGAGAAGAGUUAAUGGUGGGUAAGGGCUCUGGUGGGUUGUCCAGUCAGGCUCUGUUUUGAAUGUAGCUGCUUGUGUAAGUGCUGUGUAGUUGUCUGGGUUUAUGGAUUCGCUGACUGUGGAAAAUGUACUUCUCUAUAGUGGUCCUUGUCCUGACUAAGGCUCUGGUCACAGAGGUAUGUCAUGGCCUGAAUGUGACAGUGACCCCUGGGCCUGUUGUCAUGGUAACACAGAAAGACAACUUGACGCUCUCCUGCCUGGUAUCUCAGAGGAAGAGGAGCGGCAGUGUCCUCAUCCUACGCUGGUUCUUUUCUCCUCUUGCUGCUCCGACUCUGGCGCCUCCUCCCUCCCCUCCAUCCCCCUCUCCUCCUGCACUGGAGCCCCCUCAGUUUCUCAUUGCAAAGAUUGGCAUCAAGAAAAUGAAGAUGUAUGGGAACUACACUCGUCGCUUCCUCCAGAUGAAGUUCCGUCUGUAUGAGGAAACGGAGGGAGAGGUGUACCGGCUGCGGAUUCUCAAUAUGACGGGGACUGACCAGGGUUUCUACACCUGCAGAGUUCAAGAGAUUCGCAAACACAGAAACACAUGGAGGGCAUCAUCCAAUGGCACCAGCACCACACAAGUGACAGUGCACUUCACUCCUGAUGAUGGUAGCAGUGCAGGACUGUGGCGUUUAUUUGCAGAUGUGUAUCUGUGCGCUGUGCUGAUUUGCUCACUGGGCCUGCUCUCCAUCUUCCUGUUCACUCUGGUUCUCAUCGGCCAGUACUUUCACAGAAGACACAGGCUCAAAGCGAGUUACCUUCUGGUCAAGUGUCCAGAAAGCAGCUCGGGAGAAACUGUCACCAGCUCCAGCAGCUCCUCCAGUUCCUCCCCACGAGCCCAAAGGAAAGACACAAGACAGAAAACUGACCGACGUGCAAUAAUAACACCACCUAAACUACCCGAGGAGCCACCACCACACAUACCAGCCAAAGUGCCUGUUGCUGCAAAGAGACCUCAGAAGCCCAGAAGGUUAAAGACUCAACUCAGGAGCUCUGCCCCUCCUCGAGUACCACAGGAUGAUAGUCUGACAUAUGCAGAACUGGAGCUGGUCAGACCGAGGCCAGAGUCCCCAGCCACCACCAGCCCUGACCCCACUCCCUCCAGCCCAGACACUGUGUACGCUCAGAUCCUCUUCCAGGAAAAACAGCUGUAAACACAGCAGCUCUGGACACAUGGAUGUCAUGGUACCUCCCGGUGAGGGCAACUGAACUAAGUGGCAACCAAAGGACUAUAUUUAUGAACUAUCAGUAUGGCAUUUAGCAUUUGUUUUUUGGCUGUAAGUACGCUACAACUGUCGGUAAAUGAGGGUUUUGUUUCCUCAGCGCAGUUCCAUUCCAGCACAGCAGUUUUUGGGUCUUAUAAUUCUGUUGUUUUGUUUGUUGGCAUCGUCGGCCUGUGAGCCAGAUGUUUAUAAGAACGCUCUUACUGUUAACUAUUCUGUAUAAACUCAGGAGACUGUGUGGAAAGAAACUGUUGUACAGGCUCUCUUACUGCAGUAUCGUAAGGCACUGUAACACUCUUCAACUGCAUUUAUAUUUACAGUACUAAUACACCAAAUAAUAAAUAUAUGCCCGGGUC